AUGACUCCAUUUGUUUAUUCUAGUAAUUUCCACUUUGCAACUUCACACUUUCCUAAAAACACAGCCUCGUUUUUUGAAGGUUUUAAGAUAAAAUCUUCUGAUUAUUGCAGGUGGAUAGAGAAACGAAUUCUCUUUAGGAAGAAAACAAAAACAAAAAAACACUUUAACAGAUGAUAACAAACAGUCAUGCACUGGCAGGUCAUCUGUAAACCAUUUAGAGGCUUAUUUAACUUGCUGGUUUGAUAACUGGGGUCAACAAUCCAGGGAAGUUUUACAUGAUGCAACACUGACUUGUGUUGAAUAAGUUUGCAGGUUCUGUUUUUUGCUUCUUUAUGUUUGAUGAAGUUAAUAGAAAUGUAAAAACUGGGAGAUUAAGCUUUUAUUUUUGUCUUGUGGCAUGCAGGUACCUCUCACAGGAAGAUGUUUUAAACCAGACCAACCCCUUUGUUCAGCUCAUCAGCGGAGUGAUUUGGCUGCUGAGGGACGGCCAGGUUUACAUCAAUCAGAGUUUGGUGGCCGAGUGCAGCAAAACACAGAGUACAGGGUCAUUGAGGUAUUUUGUGGAUGUGGUGUCAGCCAGAACGGCCGUGGGCCACGAUAAAGAGGGAAGACUCAUCCUGUUUCACAUCGAUGGCCAAACAGAUAGGAGAGGCAUGAAUCUCUGGCAGGUAGCUGACUUCCUAAAGAAAAAUGGGGUCAUCAAUGCCAUUAAUUUGGAUGGAGGCGGGUCUUCCACCUAUGUGAUUAAUGGCUCAUUGGCCAGCUACCCCUCCGAUCACUGCAAACUUGACGGCAGGUGGCGCUGUGCCAGAGAAGUCUCCACUGUUCUGUGUGUUCAUCAGCGGCGAUGCAAUCCGGCGAACUGCAGCGGCCACGGUGACUGUGUUGAAGGACAGUGCCGGUGUCAGACCGGCUGGCGCGGUCCCGCCUGCAACACCCUGAUGUGUCAGCCCUCCGCCUGCGGACCCCAUGGUGUCUGCUCACCCAGUGGCUGCGUUUGCAAAGCUGGAUGGAGAGGGACCAACUGCAGCGAAGUGUGUCCUUUGGGUUUCUUUGGUUCGUCUUGCGCUCAGGAGUGUCGCUGUGAUGACUUGUGCCCAUGUGACCCGCAGACAGGAAGCUGUAACACCACUUUACCACAAGAGGCCAAUUACACCCUUCACCGAGCCGGACACUGCCUGGCCAAAAAGAUGUUUACAUCCUGGAGACAAGAAGAAGAAGCUCUCAGAGCAAAGCCUUAUCUGACAGAGCAAACAUGGUUGAUCAUCACCCUCAUCCUCACCUCGCUGCUGUUGGCCACCCUGCUCGUUCCCCUGCUCCAGACGUGUCGAGGAUCAGUGGCGUCCCGCUUCCCCGAGCGCCAGGAUUAUUCCUACGUUCCGCUACGCGACAUCAAUGGAGCCGCCGCUGAAACUGGGAACUCUGGGACGGGAGGUUUAGGACUGGAGGACUCUGAUUCCCAGGAGGAUAUAUUCACUCAGAGGUCGUAGCAGCCUGGAGGACAGAAGAUGAGGAGUGAGAGCCCUGUUGCUGCACAAAAACACAUACUGGAUGCUCUGUCACCACUUUAGACCAAACUUCAUCAGUGAAGCUUAACAGUUUCACUUCGUUGCUCUCAUCAAAGAUAUCAUCAGGGUUUUCCUGAGGUGUUUGGCAGAUUUUCUGAAGCUGGAUUUUUGUUUUCAGUCGAGGCGUUUCCACAUGAAGUUUAACAGGUGGAGAUAAAAUCUUUAUUUUUAUUUUUCAACUCUUGGCUCUGUUUCAUCUCCAGGUUUGGAUAACGUUCCCAAACGUCUGACUGUGAGCUGUGACCUUUUCCCUCAUUUUUCUGAGCCAAAAACCAAAAAAAACAUUACAGACUCUCACACACAACAGGAAUUAUAAAUAUUAAUAUAUUUGUUGUUUUUUUACUAGGAGUGGGAUGUUUACAGGCCUUAAAAACGGUGUUUCAAGUGUCUUAAGUACUUUCCGAAACGUACCAGCAGUUUGUUUUUAUAGUAAUUCCUGAUUGUUUUUCUGUUGGUGAAGUCAGGAGCUCAAUGGAUUUAUAAUCUUUGAAUUUAAAAUAUAUUGUUCUUCCAAGAAGCAAAAAAAAACAUAAUUCUUCCAAAGUUUGGGCUACGUUUAUAGAUUGGAAAUAAUUAAAUAUUUUCAAGAUUAAAAGGACUACUGCUGAGAUAGUUUUGUGAUACGGAUCUUUUCUAAGUUUGAAUGUUCAACUUCCUUCUGUUUGAUCAGAUAAACUUUAUCAAAACGACAAUAAUAUUCAAAACAAACAAUCAUGUUGGAGGAAAAUAUGAUUAUAGUCACAAUGAAGUGAAGUGAAAUUAGUUUUUUAUUCUGUUUGUCUUUUAUAUACUUGGUCAUUUUGAGACAAUAAAGGCCAAU